GGGUGAGGUUAUGUUUAGACUUUUUUGCGCGGCUACUAAGUUCAUGCAGAAAGAUGGCGGCGCGGAAGACUAGCAUUUUUUCCGGGCAGAAAAUUAACUAGCGUCAUUACAGUGAAGCAGCAUUUUAAAAACAAUGUCUCUCAUUGCAGACGAAACUCAAAAAGGUACCGGAGGUCCAGGAACUUUGUUAGAGCUGUUGGACGAAUCAUCGGCGAAAUCUGUUUGGACCGAACUCCCAGAUAACCUUCUUUUGCAUAUCUUUUGCUUUCUUUCCCCGAAGGAAGUGUUACUUGCCGGUGAAGUCUGCCGAAACUGGCAUCGCCUGUCCAAAGAUGAAAUGCUGUGGAAAUUCUUACUUCAAGGAACUUUAAAUCCUGGUAUGAAUAAGGUUAAGCUUCCCAAUUCAUCCACUUCUUGGUUGGCAGAGUUUCAAAGGAUUCACUCUAAGACUCCUUUUGUGGAAAGUCAAGUACUUGAGGAACACACCGAUGAAGUCCUUCAUGUUGCGUUUUCUCAUGAUGGCCAACUUUUCGCCUCAAGCUCCAAAGAUUGCAGUGUGAUUCUGUGGCGUGUGAGUAACUGUAAUCGUGUUGGUAUUGCCCAGAAGAUCAAUUUCCAAGAGUAUAAUUGGGAGUACGUUCAGUUCUGUGAGUUCAAUGCAAGCGACACUUUGCUUCUCGUAUCAGGGGUAAACAAGUUGCGACAGUUCAGCUUUAGAGGUGAAAUUUUUAUAUGUGAGCUUCAGGGAUCGUCUGUCAUUGGAUUGGUUCAUGGGAUUAACAAUGAACCCUAUGAUGUGUUUGGAGCAUGGUUGACUGAGAGGUGUUACAUAUCAGGAACAUUUGAAUUUCUGGAAUCUGAAAAUGAUGGGUCAUCAGUCUCAGAACUUUGGGCAAAUUGUGUUGAUGAAUUGCCAGAAAAUCAGAUAAACCUAACACGUGUUGUUAACCGUAAUUCUAGCUCAGUACGGACUGUUCUUGUCGCAAGACCAAGUGGCGGUUUACAACGCACCUAUGCCUCUGCUAUUCGUGAACAAGACGAUCAGAUUUGUCUAAUUUUUACUCAUGGCACAAUGACUUAUGUCCCUCAUCAAAUAGUUUUCAAGUGGUUAAGACACACAAAUGGCACCAGCAAAAAUCACAAAGGUGCAAGGAAAAACUCCUCCCACAAUGGACAGGAGGAAGAUACUGAAAUGUGUUCAAGUGAAUACCAGUCCUUCUCUUCCAAACCAAACCACUGCAUUGAAACCAACGCACACAUAAUUGGAAUGAGCUUAUCGCCUGACCACGAGUAUCUCUAUGUGAAUUGUCGCCAGUGGGAGAAGCAAGAUGGUCAAAUUGGCUACUGCCAGCUUCCUCCAGAAAUCUCCAAAGAUAUAUCAUUGCAAGUGUACAGUUUGACCACAUACAAACUUGUUGGUGUUCAUGUCGGCCAUAAGGCAUACACUCCUAAUGAUGGCUGUUUCUUUAUUUUUCUGAAUGUUGCGGACAAUCUGGUUGCAAGUGGAGCUGAGGAUCAUUGCACCCAUGUUUGGGACAGACACUUUGGAGCCAAGCUGGCCACUCUAAAGGGACACAGUGAUGUAGUAAAUUGCGUGGCAUUUAACCCUGUCAAUGAAGAGAUGUUGGUUAGUGCUAGCGAUGAUCACACCAUUCGAGUGUGGAGAUCGAGACAGCUGUCUAAAUUAAAUCACCAGUCAAACGUGGGAAGACAAUGUGGUGAAGUUAGCUUUGUUGAUGAAGGAAUUUACAGAGAAACAACUGUGUGAUUAUUGGAAAUAUCUUACAUGUUAGACUACAAAAGAUUGAUGUUGCACUUUCAAAAAACAUCCUCCAUGGUACAAGGCUCUUAGAUAGCUUUUUUAGGUCAUUAUGGUUCUAAGGUAUGAUCUCCCUCAAGAGACCAAAAGAAAUCAAAUGCUUGGAUGGGCUGGGACGUUUUGGAGAAGAUCAAUAACAACACUGCGGAUAAAAUUAAACAUUGAAUUACUCCCCAGAUCCUCUCUCAACUUUCUGCUUUCCUUCCCUAGUACCCACUCUUCAAGCCAUUUCUAUUUCUUUGACUUGCCUUUGGGUAAUGUAUGCCAUAUAAUUACGCAUAAUAAAGUUUACAAAGAGAAGGGGAUUGCCAUAUGCAUGUCACUGUGACAGAUGGUUCAGUGAUCAUAUACACAUCUGUUGUUUGCUUACAUUUUACAAACAUGUAAGUGCAUUCUUCAAAGAAAUUGAGGUGGACUGUAUUGCAGUGUAGGGGAAAUCUAGAGAGAAAGAAGGACAAGUUAUGUAAUACAGUAAUUUAAAAACAUUGGUAACAAUAGAAAAUUCUGCUUGCUUGUACAUUGCAUGUCCAUUCCUGUGGCAGUUUAAUAUUUUCAGAGAUACAUUUUAGAGAGAAUGAUAAAUAUUUUAACAGAUGAUUUUUAGGUUCAGGUACAUGCAAGGACAAAACAAUUUGAGAUUUCCUUUGAUUUAAGGCUGGUUUUUUGACUUUAUUUCACAUUACUCAUAGAGAUAAUAAAAUUUGUACCAAUGAGCAUUUAACAUAUGCUAAUUAAUUAGCUGGAGAAACAAUAAUGUACAGUGGCCAAAGAAGGGUGAUGAAUAAUAAGAUCCGAGACUUGCUGAGAGGUCAAGAACCUUAUUUAAACUUCAGAAACCAAAACUUGCAAGAUUUCAGACUGAAACAAAACUCCAUGACUCCUCACAAAGGAUUCUGAAUUUUCUAAUUCAGGAUCAAAAGUUCCCAAUACCAAUGAUGUAUUAGGUGCCAUUCUUCACCUCUCAAAGUUGAGAAUCCUCUAGAGUACCAGUAGGCUGCUGUUGUGUGAACCUAUUAGAAGAAAGACCAUAAAAUGCAAGUGGUUAAUUGCAAUUAAUGAAUACUUAACUAUUGCACAGAUACUGUUUGUCUCCGUUGCAGACAGAAAUUUUGUCUUGUUGUACAGAGCUUUAGCUGUUAUUUAAACCGAUUCACUAAGAAGUAGGCAGUAGUACAUAGCACUUAUAGGGAAUGAUUGAUGAAAUGAUAAAUUGAUUAUAUAAAUAACAGCAGAUAUAAAAUUUACAUAUUUGGGAGUAUUUAAACCCUGAAAUGACAUGUAUUGUUAGUAAUAAAUGAAAAUACUAAACCUAAAUGCUGUCAGCAUCUUCUCUGAUCUUCGUAAACUACAUUUACAUUUUUGUGAUGCCAGAAGCCUUUUUCGAAUGUCAAACAAGGAGAGAGCAAAAGCUGAUUUCCUCUUAAUUGCUGUGCAACAACCCCAUUUGUUUAUUCCUUUUCCAUUUCAUAGUUGAUAUUGCAAAUCAUUUCUGUGUGGGCUUGCACAAAUGUUUAAACCCACAAUAUUAACGGCAAUAAUAAUUAUUUUUGAUUGUAUUGUACACUGUUAAAAGAAU